GUGUCGGCAUGGUGUUGCGUAAAAUGGGCAACAGUGUUAGCCCCACCGUUGAACUGAAGAAGGAUGGUGAUACCUACACAUUCACCACCACCUCAACGUUCAAAACCUCCUCGAUCAGCUUCAAACUGGGUGAGGAAUUCGAUGAAGAGACACUUGAUGGUCGCAAAGUGAAGAGCGUCAUCACCUUGGAUGGCAAUAAAUUGUUGCAGGAACAGAAGGGUGACAAACCCUCAACCAUCAUUCGUGAGUUCACCGACUCCGAAUUGGUGACCACUCUCACCAUAAACGACAUAAAAUCCGUCAGAGUGUACAAGGCUGUUUAAACGCGCGGUGCGCCAUAAGUAAAAACCAAAAGACAACAGCAACAAUACAAAAAAGAAACUAUUUAAAUU